AUGGCAAUCAAGGAGAUAGGGGAGAUAGCUGGGAGGAUCCACAGCCUCAUCCAGGCUCCAACCCAGCAGGGAGGAUCCACAGCCUCAUCCAGGCUCCAACCCAGCAGGGAGGAUCCACAGCCUCAUCCAGGCUCCAACCCAGCUGGGAGGAUCCACAACCUUGUCCAGGCACCACCCCAGCAGCGAGGAUCCACAACCCUGUCCAGGCACCACCCCAGCAGCGAGGAUCCACAACCAUGUCCAGGCACCACCCCAGCAGGGAGGAUCCACAGCCUCAUCCAGGCUCCAACCCAGCAGGGAGGAUCCACAGCUUCAUCCAGGCACCACCCCAGCAGGGAGGAUCCACAGCCUCAUCCAGGCACCACCCCAGCAGCGAGGAUCCACAACCAUGUCCAGGCACCACCCCAGCAGGGAGGAUCCACAGCCUCAUCCAGGCUCCAACCCAGCAGGGAGGAUCCACAGCUUCAUCCAGGCACCACCCCAGCAGGGAGGAUCCACAGCUUCAUCCAGGCACCACCCCAGCAGGGAGGAUCCACAACCCUGUCCAGGCACCAGCCCAGCAGGGAGGAUCCACAACCCUGUCCAGGCACCACAACAGCAGGGAGGAUCCACAGCCCUGUCCAGGCACCACCCCAGCAGGGAGGAUCCACAGCUUCAUCCAGGCACCACCCCAGCAGGGAGGAUCCACAGCCUCAUCCAGGCACCACCCCAGCAGGGAGGAUCCACAUCCCUGUCCAGGCACCACCCCAGCAGGGAGGAUCCACAGCCUCAUCCAGGCACCACCCUAGCAGGGAGGAUCCACAGCUUCAUCCAGGCACCACCCCAGCAGGGAGGAUCCACAGCUUCAUCCAGGCACCACCCCAGCAGGGAGGAUCCACAGCCUCAUCCAGGCACCACCCUAGCAGGGAGGAUCCACAGCUUCAUCCAGGCACCACCCCAGCAGGGAGGAUCCACAGCUUCAUCCAGGCACCACCCCAGCAGGGAGGAUCCACAGCUUCAUCCAGGCACCACCCCAGCAGGGAGGAUCCAUAG